AUGGCCAACCUCAUGUCCGUCUUUGCCCAGCGUCAGGGCUUCGACGCUUCAGCUACAGCAAUCGUGCUGCCCAAGUCGUCGCCCACGCCCUUCACCUUCUCGUACGAGCGUCUGCAUGCGCUCGUGCUCGACCUCCAGGCACAGCUCGCCUCGUUCAACCUCGCGCCCGGCAGCGCAGUCAGCUCGUCGCUCGUCAACGGCAUCGAGUUCACCCUCGCCUUCCUCGCCACGGGUGCGCAGAGGCUCAUCGCCGCACCCCUCAACCCCAACUACUCGCAGGCCGAGGUUGAGUUCUACCUGCAGGACACCAAGUCUCAGCUGCUCCUCCUCCCCAAAGGUGCGCUCGCUGCUGGUCAUCCCGCCAUCGAUGCCGCCAAGAAGCUCGGCAGCGUGCAGGUCGUCGAGGUCGUCUUUGACCCUUCCGGCAACGGCAGCGUCUCGCUUCGAAAGGCCGAUGGGUCGAGCAUAGCGCCCAGCAAGCAGCUCGAGAAGCCGCGCGACGACGACGUUGCGCUCGUACUCCACACCAGUGGAACCACGGGCAGGCCCAAGGGUGUGCCGCUCACCCACGCCAACCUGCACACCACGAUGCGCAACAUCAUCGGCACCUACACCCUCGCCCCGCACGACCGCACCUACCUCGUCAUGCCCCUCUUCCACGUGCACGGCCUUCUGUGCGGUCUGCUCGCCACCCUGCUCUCCGGUGGCAGUGCCGUGAUCCCACCCAAGUUCUCGGCGAGUGUCUUCUGGAGCGAACUGGCGGGCAACCAGUGCAACUGGUACACGGCCGUGCCCACCAUUCACCAGAUGCUGCUCAACUCGCCUCUCCCGAACCCGGUGCCCAAGCUGCGCUUCAUCCGAUCGUGCUCCUCGGCGCUCUCGCCCUCCACCUUCCACGCCAUCGAAAAGACGUUCCAGGCUCCCGUGCUGGAGGCGUAUGCCAUGACCGAGGCCUCGCACCAGAUGACCUCCAACCCGCUCCCGCCUGCCAAGCGCAAGCCGGGCACGGUGGGUAUCGGACACGGUGUUGAGAUUCGCAUUCUCGACGAGCAGGGCAACGAGGUGGCCCAGGGCACUGUGGGUGAAGUCAGCGUGCGUGGCGCCAACGUGACCAAGGGCUAUCUGAACAAUGCCAAGGCCAACGAGGAGUCGUUUGUACGCUCCGGACCCAACUCGGGCUUCUUCCGCACCGGCGAUCAGGGACGAAAAGAUGCCGAUGGGUAUGUUGAGCUGGUGGGACGAAUCAAGGAACUCAUCAACCGAAGCGGUGAAAAGAUCUCGCCUCUCGAAGUCGACGCCGCUCUGCUGGCCGUCGAGGGGGUCAAGGAGGCAGUGUCGUUUGCCAUGCCCGAUAAACUGUACGGCGAAAAGGUAGGUGCUGUUGUCAUCCUGCACAACAACACCCAGCUGGACGAGAAAAAGAUCCAGGCCGCAAUGCAGGGCAAGAUCGCAAAGUUCAAGGUGCCCGAGCGAAUUUGGAUCACCGACGCCAUCCCCAAGACCGCCACGGGCAAGAUUCAACGCAAGAACGUCGCCGCUACCUUCUUGCGCAAGGACGGCGCCAAGCUGUAA